AUGGCGGAAGAUUUAGUGCUCGAUACGGCGAUCAGAGACUGGGUUUUGAUCCCUCUCUCCGUCGUGAUGGUUCUCAUCGGUAUUCUCCGCUACUUCGUCUCCAAGCUCAUGCGAUCUUCUCCGACUCCUGAUGCGAAGAUGGUCAAAGAAGGACAAGUUGUAAUUAGAGCUCGGAAUCUGAAGUCCGGUGCCAAUUUUAUCCCGACGAAAUCCUUCCGAGCUCGGAGAUUCUACUUCAGCAACGAGGUGUGCUUUCCUGUGACUUUCCUCGCUCUUGUAUCUCUCAGUUUCUUAUUUGGGAAAGUUUGUAACUUUCGUGGUUCAAAUUUCAAUUCUGAGCUGUGA